AUGGCUAGUUGUAAUGCUCAGUGUAACGCAAUCAGUAGGUUUUUCACCUCAGCUAUCUAUGCGGCCCGUGAAUUUUUCGAUAGUCCUGCGUUCAUGGGUUUAGAGAGUUUGGCAGGUCAAGCUGUGGACGGGGUCAUCACCAAAGACAACAUCAAAACAGCGCUGAAGACACCAAGCGUAGAUGAGGUUAUGGAUGGCGUCGUUAAGGCGAUUAUGUGGUAUAUAUGGGUAUCCUAUGUUAUUCCCUUGAUUUUGAUUUUGGGUUUCAUCAGUGCUUUACUCUUAGCUGCUUACGUUUACGGAUGGGGGGCUAGGUGCUCGUCAGGGUUUUUGAAAUGUACCACAGUCAUUGUCGAGAUGACUAUGUACGGUUUCUGGAAAUUAAAGAAAUGGCUGUAUGCAUUUUUGGAUACCUAUAGUGAAUAUGACGAUUAUGGGCUCCUCUCUAAAUUUAGAGGCCAUAGAUACUUGCCUGCGGCAUACGCUAAGUGCAAGCUACGCUGA